GCGGUCAACCUCAAAAUUGACUUUUCAUUUUGCCUUUUUGUGUUUACUGAAAAUUGAAAGCAGAGAGGGAGGAUGGUUGUUGUUACCUAACUACUCUCUAUCCCUCUUUUAUCCAAUGAUCAAACCCCCUCCUCCUCCUCCUCUACUUGAUUCAGCAAUGGAUUCUCACCCCAAUACGGAGGCUUUGGAUGCUCCGCUGCAUGCAAUCGGCUUUCAGAUCGAUGAGUUAACACCACACAAGGUCACAGGUCGUCUUCACGUUACUGCCAAGGCUUGCCAGCCAUUCAAGGUGUUACAUGGAGGCGUAUCAGCUCUGAUAGCAGAGGCGCUGGCGAGUAUGGGAGCACAUAUUGCGUCGGGAUGGAAGAGAGUAGCCGGUUUACAACUCAGCAUCAAUCACCUCAGGCGUGCUGACCUCGGCGAUCACGUAUUUGCUGAGGCCACACCUAUCCACGCUGGAAAUACCAUUCAGGUAUGGGAGGUGAGGCUCUGGAAGAUUGAUUCAGAAAGCAAAUCACUUGUAUCAUCAGCAAGGGUUACUCUUCUCACAAACUUGCCUGUGCCCAACAAUGCCAAGGAUGCUGCUACCACUCUAAAGAAGUAUGCUAAAUUGUAAAACCACCUUUCAAUUCCAGAUGUUGUCAAAGUGCUUGUUCAUACUACACUCACUAUUCCUUCCUCUUUUAUUAUCAUUACUAUUAUAUAUGUUCAAACAUUUUGAUGGAAUUCAUGUGAAUGAAAAACAGCAAACAACUUGCUUUCAUCCA